GCUUUACUCAUGUUACUCGUACUAGAGUCGGAAGUUAGUGAAAGUACUGCUGUGAACACAUGAGAUUUGACCCCAAACGUCUUUGGUUUAAAGGAAAUGGAUUAAACGCAGCAACUCAGGUCUAGGAGGUCACAAGCCAGCUGAGAGAGACUGCGAGAUUCACCCUAUUACGCCCUUCUCAUGGAGGACAGAAAGUCUAUAAUGGGCACCUUACGCAGAAAAGCCAAACUCUUGCAACACUCGCGGCAAAACAAAAACUCCAAUAAGCCAGAAGUCCGGGAGGAGUGCGUGCCGGAGGAGCAGAUGAGUGUUUCCGUGGCAGACCUCCUCAAGAAGAGUCGGACAACCUCACUAAUAAACCUCUCCCACCAGCAGCCAGCCGAAGUCCGGCCAUCCUCCAUCUGCAUGAGCAGCCAAAGAAAAGCCCUCAGCAGGAGUCUGCGAAACAUCGGGGGAGGAACCGGGCCGACCAAGCUGGUGGACUCGAGCGACUGGCCUUCGCAGGAGUCGGUCACUGAUGAGGAGCAGAACAUCUCCAACUCCACAGAUGAGAUGGAUCAGGUGCUGCGCUUGAGGGACACACAGAUUCCUUCACCGGAGAACUUUGCUGAGAAGCCGCAUUACAACAGAAAUGAUUCAGAUACAUUAUCCAUACAUGACAACGAGCACAAUAAUAUUCUGGACAUGAGGACAGAGACAGCUGGAGUUAGUGAGCAUCAGAGGGAACGUCAGAGAACAUAUCUGCUCACUAUAUGCCUAAAGGAGGGACGUGGACUGGUCAUUAGAGACCGCUGCGGCACAAGUGAUCCUUAUGUGAAAUUCAAACUGGAUGGUAAGACCUUAUACAAAAGCAAAGUGGUGUAUAAGAAUCUCAACCCUUCCUGGAACGAAUCCUUCUCCUUCCCGAUCCGCAACCUGGACCAGAAACUCUUCAUCAAGGUUUACGAUCGAGAUCUGACAUCGGAUGACUUCAUGGGGUCGCACGGUGUUGUGCUGAAUACACUGGAACUUGAAAAGACCAGUGAGAUGGUGCUUCCACUGGACGACCCCAACAGCCUGGAGGACGAUAUGGGUGUCAUAGUCAUCGAUAUCACUUUAUCUGCGAGGGAUGGCAAAAACAAAAAACAUGUAACCAAGAGAUGGGUCCAGAGGGAAAAAAGGAGCUUUACGGGAAGUGCAAUAGAGCACAACAGACGUCUCACAGAGUCUAUGAAGAAGAGUCAACUCUGGACUGGCGUCUUUACCAUCACACUGGUGGAGGGGCGGGACUUACCACUGGAUGGACAGGGCGACGUGUUUGUUCGCUUCAAACUGGGAGAUCAGAAAUACAAAAGCAAGAAUCAAGUGAAGAAAGUCAACACACUGUGGAGAGAAAAGUUUGACUUCAACCAGUUCCCUAACGGGUCCAGUAUUCUAGAGAUUGAAGUGGUGGGAAAAGAGGGACGGAAAAAUGAAGAAUGUUACGGACAGUGUGAGGUCAACUUGUCCGGGCUGCCCUUGAAUCAGCCCUCAUUGUUUACAAGUGAGCUUGACCCGGGCAGAGGCAAGCUGGUGUUCCUCGUCCAUCCCACUCCCUGCACUGGAGCUUCCAUCACGGAUCUCGUCGCCCCUCCACUGGAAGAGCCUCAUGAGAGGGACAACAUGCUGGUUAAAUACAGUUUAAAGAACUCUCUGAAGGAUAUGAGAGAUGUUGGUUUUCUUCAGGUUAAAGUGAUUAAGGCCACUGACCUCAUGGCUGCUGAUCUGAAUGGAAAGAGUGACCCAUUUUGUGUCCUGGAAUUGGGAAACAACCGGCUGCAGACCCACACUAUCUACAAAACCCUCAACCCUGAGUGGAAUAAAGUCUUCACUUUCCCAGUAAAAGACAUUCAUGAAGUUCUGGAAGUGACUGUGUUUGAUGAGGAUGGCGACAAAGCCCCAGAUUUCCUGGGGAAGGUGGUCAUUCCUUUACUUUCAAUACGUAACAGUCAGCAGGUCGCCUGUCCUCUGAGGAAAGAGAACUUAGGAGGACCAUCUAAAGGAACCAUAGUACUGGAGAUGGAAGUCAUCUACAAUUCUGUCAAAGCGAGCAUUAGGACGUUCACGCCUAGGGAACAGAAGUUUCUUGAGGACAAUGCCAAGUUUUCUAAGAAGGUUCUUUCCAGGAAUGUUGUUCGCGUGAGGAACCUUUAUCGUGCAGUGUGCCACGUCAACCAGUUCGUCAAAAGCUGUUUCCAGUGGGAAAGCGUGCAGAGGAGCAUCAUAGCAUUUAUGUUCUUUGUUCUUACUGUGUGGUACUGGGAUUUCUACAUGCUACCCAUGUUCAUGGUCCUCCUCAUCAUAUGGAACUAUCUCCAGAUCGCUUCUGAGAGAGUCACCAGAGACCUAGACACCAUGGAGUUAAAUGAAGAUGAAGAUGAAGAGGAAUCUGAAAGAAAAGGUUUGAUGGAGAAAAUUCACAUGGUUCAAGAGAUUGUCAUUACAGUGCAGAAUCUUCUGGAGGAGAUAGCAUGCUUUGGGGAAAGAAUAAAGAAUACAUUCAACUGGUCAGUGCCGUUCUUGUCUAAUUUGGCCUUCCUGGUUCUCACUAUGGCCACAGUAAUCACUUACUUUAUUCCAGUACGCUACAUUAUUUUAUUAUGGGGUAUACAUAAAUUCACAAAGAAACUGCGCAGUCCUUAUGCCAUUGAAAACAAUGAAGUGAUGGAUUUCCUCUCCAGAGUGCCUUCAGAUGUCCAAAUGGCGCAGUACACCGAACUGAGCAGCUGUAGUCUUCACAGUCCAGCCAAGAGAAAGAGAGCCUCACCGUAGACACUAGAAUGGGAAACGUCGGUCUCCUGAGAACAUUCUGUGUGAAGAACCUUUGAAGGUGCUUGGAUACGACGGCCAGGGGAUGAUUUGAACAUUGUGUUUAUUUUACAAAUCAUCCCCAUCAGAUGGUCCGGUCUUCACUGCUGGGUCGUGCUGAAGCACCUUGGUUAAUGACACAGACACGUAUUAAACACUCCAGGUGUGCUCUGUUGCAUUGAGUGCUGAAGAAAUGUAACUUGAUAAACUGAAUUGUAAAAAUAUAGAAUACACCACAUUGGGCCUUAAAUAUGCAUCUAUAGAUGCAAUGCCUGAGCGACACAUCGUGAACAGUAUCAGUGCAAUACAAUGUAAUGCUUUAAUUUGCUAUUUUAUAUUUCUUUAUUAUUUUUUUUUGUCUUGUCUUAGACUUGUAAAAUAUGUUUUAAAGAGUUUUUAAAGUCUCAUUCUAUAUGAGCCACAUUUUUUUUUUUGAAUGUACAUAUACAGAUAACUGAACUUAUAUUGUAACAAAAUGUUCUUUUGAACUUUUUUGUAUUAUGUAAACACAUUGUUUUAAUUUAUUUUUAAUCUUUUAUUUACAUCUUAAUUAUUGCAUGGAAAAACUUGCUUAAAAUGAGUACAUUGAAAGUGCCUUUGACAAACUCUAGUUGUGCAUACUGAUUUUUAGUGCAAUAUAAGGUUCUCGAUGUUGUGGUACAGUAAUUGAACAUAAAAAUGCCUGCAAGUACA